UCCAGCAUCAGUGACCCCUCCCGCGGACUCCGUGUUCAGCGCACGCUAGGCCUAUAGCCUUCCAUCAUCGGUUAGGCUGUAAUCUACUGUCGUGAGGGAGAGAUGGCGACGACCAAAAUACGCCUGGCGUUUAAGCUGCAGUCUGCCUGAUCCCUGAUCUCCCACAGUCCGCCAUGAGCCUGGUUCCGACCAAUGCUCGGCGAGCACGGGGAGAUGCAGCCCUGGCACGGCGCCGAUCUCCAGCCGAUGAACCAACCCCGGAUGGGCCCUGAAUGCUUCGCGUCAGCACGGCUAUCAUGUUCAAGAACACUCAGGUUGACAGUGGCUGAUGCGUCGAAUGCCGCGAGAAUGAUCCUCGUGCUGUCUGAAGCGCCCAGCCGUCGCUCUGAAGCCCGAGCCAAGACGGACCAAACUUACCAGGGGCUUUUCAGGAACCUGAGGCUGAGGGGCAGUGCAGCACGGCGCCCCAAAUAUUGGUUGACCUCGUUUCGCCAAUGCCUUUCGAUCAAUUAUCCUUCCGUCACCGCCACCGGUGGAUUCAGGCGAGGCGACAAUUACUCUUGGGAUCUCGAGCAAUGUAAAGUCAUUCCUUGGAGUCAUCUGCAUUUGUUGACAUGCGAGUUCGUUCAUUACCACAUCAUCGGCUGACACUUCUUCACCACCAAAUAUGCCUUUGAAGGUGAGACCUCACGUAAAAUUUCCAACAGUCCUCACGAAGAGGUUUCGGUGCUUAGAUUU